AUGUCAGCCCCUGAAGAAGAUCCGCAAAUUGCCUUUGAUGAGGAAGAUGAGAGGCCAUAUGUGAAAUCUUACUCCAAAAAACCAAAGUUCUCGGUCGGUCAAAGGGUUUACUUGUGCAUGAAUGGAGCCUAUGAGGGGCCGUAUCUGGUUGCAACAGUAGCGCCAGGAAAGGUGUCUCUCUGCCUGGGAAAUGGGCUGCCUGUCCUAAAUGGCAAGGAGAUUGACGACUCUUACGUGCGGCUCAGCUGA